CACCACGCAGCUUCAGCUGGAUUAACAUCUUCUCAUAUACACAAUGCCAUUGUCCCAGCUUCAGGGAGUUAAGCUCCCGGCCUCGGCCGACUUCCACGUCCACCUUCGUGAUGGCCCGAUGAUGGAGCUAGUUACUCCUACCAUCCGACAGGGUGGUGUGAACACGGUCUUUGUCAUGCCCAACCUGGUCCCUCCCAUCACGACCGUCGACCAUGCCCUCGACUACAAGAAGCGCCUGCAGGCCAUUGAGCCCAAGGUCAAUUACCUCAUGUCCCUCUACCUGCACGAAUCGAUCACGCCCGAGACCAUCAUUGAGGCCAAGCAGCGCGGCAUCACCGGUGUCAAGAGCUACCCGGCCGGUGUGACAACCAACUCCAGCUCCGGCGUUGUCGACUACACUUCCUUCUAUCCGGUCUUCGCUGAGAUGGAGCGCCAGGACAUGGUUCUGAACCUCCACGGUGAGGCUCCCUCCAAGGGUGACGUGACGGUCUUGUCGGCGGAGGAGCGGUUCCUGCCCAAACUGGCUGAGCUGCACGCCAAGUUCCCCAAGCUCCGCAUCAUCCUGGAGCACUGCACCACCGCGGCGGCCGUCGAGGCUGUUAAGAAGUGCGGCCCUACCGUUGCCGGUACCAUCACCGCUCACCAUCUGUCUAUCAUCAUUGACUCGUGGGCCGGUGACCCAUUCUGCUUCUGCAAGCCCGUGGCCAAGACUCCCGCCGAUCGCGACGCUCUCCUCCGCGCGGCCGCCUCUGGCAACCCCAAGUUCUUCUUCGGCUCCGACAGCGCCCCUCACCCGUCCGCCUCCAAGCGUGGUGGCGAGAAGAUUGCCGCCGGUGUCUUCACCCAGCCCUAUACGACACAGGUCGUUCUCGAUUCGUUCGAGCAGGCCAUUGAGAACGGUGUGCUCAAGGAUGAGGAUAUCACCCCGGAAAUUGUGGAGGGAUUCAUGAGCAAGUUCGGUCGGGCCUUCUAUAAGAUCGGCGAGGAGCAGAAGGAGUUCAUCACCAUUGAGAAGAAGGGUGAGAAGAUCGCGGAGAUUCUGAAGUCUGAUCAGACCGACGUGGUUCCCUUCCGCAAGACCCAAGACACAUGGACCGUGACUUGGUCGUAGAGAAUCGAGCUCGAACUAAAUCCACGAAAUAGAAUAAAAAGUUCCAGUCCAUAAAGGACCAUUUCACUUUAAAGCACCGUAUCAUCUUAGGAUGAUUUGUCUUCUUGCGCAAGCAUGUUGGCCACGUUCUCCAAAGCAUGAGCCUCGGAGAUAUCAAUUCGGCGUCCCGCAACAACCGGGUUGCCAUCAUCGCCCAUAGCCAGUUGCCCGGCUCGCUCCAGGUGCAGUCUGAUCCGGCUCUCGAUGUACUCCUUCCGCUCAUCCCGCUUCGACUUGGUCUCCGUCUCGACAGCGGAGGCCGGCAAGCUGGCCAGCUUGGGCCGCAACCGCUCCAAUGUAGCUUGCAAUGCCGGAAGCUGCGAGAGAAUAAAAGUUGUAUUCGUCGUAAGCGGGGCGUGUUUGGAAUGUGUACCGGCAUCUACCCCGACGCGAAGUUGGCGUGCAGCCGGACUGGAUGUCAAGAAGGACAGGUCCAGAGCUUUCUUGGGAGUUGUCUUCGAUUCGUCGGCUGUGCCAUCGGACUUGGCAGAUUCCACGGUGGAUAGAAUAGACUUCAGUUGGGAAAUGACGGCUUCAUUCCGAGCGCACUCGUCCUUCAAUGACCGGUUUAGCUUCCGGGUCUCGAGGAGCUUCUUACGCUGCGCGUGGAUGGUCUCGGGCGUGGGCGUAUCUGAUGAGGACUCGAAUGAAA